AUGGAAGGGUCUGAUGAGGAUCAAGCAUCUACCUUGAAUGAAGAAGAGCUACGCAAGAUUGAGCUUAUAGCGAAUGACCCGCGCGCUGAUCCUGAUUACGAACACACGGGCGAGGCUACUCCCGGUAACGAAGAUGAACCUUCUGAUUACGAAAUUACGGAUGAAGACGAAGCAAGUGAUGCUAAACGUGGACGAGGCCAAGUGCGAGUUGCGCGAGGUAUUAGUCGAAGCCGUGGCCGUGGUCGAGGAGGUAGAGGCAAGACAAGAGGAGGACAUGGUCGCGGCCGCGGCCGCCCAAAAGUGGCUGUUGAGGAGAAUGCUAUUCGCCGACGAAAAGGCCCACAGCCUGGGCCGGAGCCGGGUCCUGAAUUCAAGGCCAAAGAAACCAAAGCAACCACAGCAUACUUCAAGAACAAUUAUGAAGAGGCGCUACAGUAUGCCCAGGAAGCGGUUCAUGCAGAUCCAUCGUUGCUCGCAGGCCAUAGUCUAUUGUCUGAAAUUCUUCUGGCAAUGGGUCGUGAAGUUGACUCUGUCCACGUUCUCUUCAAUGGAGCCCUGACAAAACGAGAUGUAGAACUUUGGGAACACAUCGCUGAGCGAUACGAUGGGCUCAAGAGUAUGCCUCCAGGGGAAAGACGAAGGUGGCGCGAAUUAUGCCUCUCCAAAAUAAUCGCUCUCGAUACGGCAAACUACGAAGCGCGCGAGGAGAAGAUGAAAAUAGAGCUCGAGACUGGUAACAUCACGAAGGCCUUCAACACUUGCAAGAAAUUGCUCGCACUGCGGCCCAACGAAGUUGAAGUUCUCUAUCAGCUAGCGGAACUAUGUUCCUAUCGACAGAUCCUCAAGCAGAAUAGAAAGCUACAGAAUGCGGUUCAGUGUUUUGACAAGUCUUUUGAAUACUAUUUCAAGCAUGAUAGCCCCAUAUCUAGUGAUCUGGAUUGGUCUUUACUGAACGUGUAUCUUGAGCUGCUCCACAACGCUACAAUGGACCCCAGAAUCGUUCUCUCCAGGCUUAGCACAGUUGGUAGAUGGCUCCUUGGCCGUAAAGAAGAGAGCUUCUGGGGCACGCAGCUAGACGAUAGGGAGUGGGAUAUAUCAAAUGAGCGGAGACGGCAGGUACCAGAAUUCCAAGCCGACCUUCAUUCCAUGGACGCCUACGGUGCCGGUCUGCCCUUGGAGAUCCGUAUGAGAAUGGGGACUCUACGUCUGUCUAUGGGAGCUAAGCAUUACGAAGAAGGCUGUAAACAUUUAAGGCAUAUAGAAGAGGCAGAUGGGUCUGUCUCAAAAGAGACACUGUCUGCGUACUAUGACACAAUUCUUGAAGUGACAAAGGUUCUCACCCAGCACACGCUAUACCCUCUGGCCUUGAAAUAUCUCGAAGCCUUGCGCGACUACACUGCUGUGGUCAAACCAGAAGUCUAUCGGGGAUUGAUCACAUGCUACAAAGCAUUGAAUCGUAUCACAGACGCUGGAAGUUGCGUCCGCUCCCUCAGAGAUUCAGGUAACAAAGAUCUAAGGUCUCAGGCAAUUAUUGCUAGACAUCUUCAAGAUACUGGAAGGGAGGAUGAGGCCAAAAGUUUGAUUCAAGAACUAAUGCAGAGAAGCGGUGCUGAAAUCAUUCUGAGGGAAGAAGGUGUGAGCAUUCCGAAACUACCUAGAUCUCUACGAUAUGGUAGACGUGGGCCAUACCGCUUCCGCCGAAAGAAUGCUGUACCCAAUAAAAUUGCCAUUGAAGCUAUGCCCGAGGAGUUAGUAGCAGCCAUGGGAAUUGAACCAGGGCAGGAUGUGGAGUGGGACGUUGAGAAAUACCGAAGGCUCGGAUCAUUCAUGCAGCGAUUUGGGCCUGACCAGCAUGAGAAAUUGCAAGCCGCUAAAGCCCGAGACCAAGUGAUCAGGGAGCUUGUACAGCAUCUCGACGUCCUCACCACAAUGCUCGAUAACGGCGACAUCAACGCGUCUGAGGAAUAUCUCGCGAUUGCAAAAAUCAUGAUCGAUGAAUUCAGUAGCUGCAAGGCCUUCUUCCCUAUUCGUGAAAAACGAAUGGCAUUUACGGGUUACCAUGUUUCGAGACGCGGUGACGUGGAUGAUGCGGCGCUGGAGCUCGCUGAGUUGGCAAACCAGCUGGCUGAUGAAGAGGGUAGUACUGAAGUCCGAGACCCCUUAAGCAUCCCUGACAGUUUCCACGGCAUCAAGUUUCAAGACUGGCUCGAGCUAUUCUGCCGCUAUAGUUUCGUGGCUGCCAAAGAUGGAUAUCUCGAUAACUGCUGGAGUGCCCUGAACAUAGCCAACAAUGCAAACGUCUUCCUCCGCGACAAACAAGGCAUGCAACAGCUAUAUGCCUGCUGGCUCGCCUGCGGCCUCGCCCUCAACAACGAAGAUCUUAUUUCCCAAGCCUCCAGGCUCUACAUGAAAAUGUUUCCUUACGCCAGCGAUGCAUACCGUCUUUUCGGCAUUGCAAACCGCGCCUACGUUGGAGAACGCAUCCAGUAUAACAGCGGGCCCUGGCUCAAGUACCUCCUACGGCAAGUCCGCGGCAUGGAUUAUGCGCUCCUCCCGGUCGACAAGCGGCGGAAAUACAACUUUGAAGCCCAGGACCACCUCAGCUUUUCCGCAGGGGCAACUGACGGAAAUCCGCACAAGCUUGCGGCGCAUGAUGUUGUGCUGUUCAUGUGCUACGGGCAUAUGUUAAUUAUUGGCGGGUCAUACUACACGGCACUCAACUACUACUUCCGCGCGUACUCCAUCCGGCCCGAGGACCCGAUGAUUAGCUUUGCCAUCGGGCUGUGCUACGUCCAGAAUGCCCUCAAGUCCAAGGUAGAUAACCGACAGUUCCAGUUGCAGCAGGGGCUGGCGUUCAUGUAUCGCUACUACGAUCUGAGGCGCAAGAGCGAUCGGGCGAUACAUAAACAGGAAGCGGAGUUCAACGUUGGACGCACAUGGCAUAUGCUUGGACUGGCGCAUCUGGCUGUACCUUGCUAUGAACGGGUGUUGCAGAUGAGCGAGGAUGUUAUCAGGGAACAGAAUGCCUCUAUGGAGAGUGUGGCUGAUGAGGACUUCGAUGAGGAGAACGCUGGAUAUGAAGACUUCGCGACAGAGGCUGCGUAUUCAAUGCAGGUCAUGCUAGCGAUCAAUGAAGAUUUUGGCGCUGCACGCAAGCUUACCGAGACUUGGUUAGUGAUCGAAUGA